AUGUCGAAUAAUGAAGUAAAUCUUUUAUCAAAUGGUGAAAAUACACAAGAACAGGAAGAACCUGAAACACCAAUUGAAACAAUUGUUAUUGAUCCAGAUUCAUUGGUUAUUGAAUUAACUGCAUGUCGUCUUCGAUCAAUUGAAGGACUUGAUGGUUUAACUAAAGUUGAAACAUUGAAUAUGCGUCAAAAUUUAAUAAAGAAAAUCGAAAAUAUUUCACAAUUAACAACACUUAAACAUGUUGAUUUAUAUGAUAAUCAUAUCGAACGAAUUGAAGGUUUAGAUUCAUUGGCUCAAUUAAAACAUGUUGAUCUGUCAUUUAACAAAAUUUCCGUUAUUGAAAAUUUAUCUACAUUAAUUAAUGUUGAAACUCUUUAUAUAGUUCAUAAUCAAAUACGAACAGUUGAAAAUCUUUCGACAUUAGUUAAUUUACGUAUACUUGAAUUAGGCGAUAAUCGAAUUAAAAAAAUUGAAAAUUUAGAAACACUUGUUCUACUUGAAGAAUUACAUUUUGGUAAAAAUAGAAUAGAAAAAAUUGAAAAUUUACAAACACUUACACGUUUACGUAUACUUGGUUUGGGCGCUAAUCGAAUCUCAAAAAUUGAAGGUUUAGAAACUUUAACUCAAUUAAAAGAAAUUUAUUUAUCUGAAAAUUGUAUAAAAAUAAUUGAAAAUCUUGAUGCAAAUAUUAAUUUAAAUGUACUUGAUCUAGCAAAAAAUCAAAUUGAACAUCUCGAUAAUCUUGAAAAACUUCAUAAUCUUAAAGAAUUAUGGUUUAAUAAUAAUCAAGUGAAGAAUACUGAUGAAUUAGAUAAACUUGUACCAAUGGAAACAUUACAAUGUAUUUAUGUUCAUGAUAAUCCAGCAUUUGAUCGUGAAGAAAAUUAUCGAGCUAAAGUUUUAUUACAACUUAAACAAUUAACACAAUUAAACGCAACUGAAACACGACGAGCCGCACCAAUGACAUUGGAUUAA